UGGACAUUCCAGGAACUGUUAUAGAGGCCUGGUUCAGGUUCUCUCCAAGGCGGACAAUGCGAGAAACUCAUCGCAGUGUGACUCCAUGCUUAUUGGGGACAAUGCAGCUGCCAAUACCUAUCCUUACAUUCAGGUGAAAAAUCCAACGGCAAGAAUUGAACAUGAAGCCAGUACAUCUAAAAUUGAAGAAGAUAAACUGUUCUUUUUUCAGCAAAGGGGAAUAGACAAGGAAAAAGCAAUGAACGCAAUGAUCUGUGGCUUUUGCCAUGAUGUCUUGGAAGAGCUUCCUCUUGAAUUUCGUUAUGAGACGAAGCAAUUCAUGAGCUUGAAGCUUGAGGGCUGGGUAGGUUAAACAGUUUGUUAAGCACAUUAUUUGGAAUUUGUUCUUGAAGUUGUACAAGACCAUAGAGGUGCUGCAUUCCGAAGGAUGUGUACAUGCUCUGUAUAUAGAUGUUGUCUUCAAGUUUACCACAAAAGGGUCCUCAAGCAUUACCAAUUUUCUACCUUAAUAAGUUAUCACUGAAUCCUAUAAUUUUGUUUUGUGGAUUUACUGUGAAUUACCAGUUGUUUAAUAUGACUCAGUGUUUUAGAGGUAUUGACAGUC